UCCCGUGCGGUCGAAUCGCGCGCCGCUCAGACAAGUGCUCCAUCGAGUUCCACCAGUGACAGUUUAUACCUACGUAUCGGUGUUGCGGAAGAAGAAUCAGGAAAGUCUGUUUGUAACCAAACUAUAUAGUUAACUAUGACGACUUGGAUUAUCUUGGCUUGGCUGACGAGUUUAUCGUCGGCCGUUCCCUCGAAUCGAGUACCAAUCCGAGAGAUCCUACCUCCUUCGCCGCCGUCGGAGCAUCAACAACAACGCGAGUUUCUUCCCUUCUUCCGGAGAGACGCCGUCGAAAGUUCACCGACCUUCGGCCGUUUAUCAAAUGAUUUAGAUUACAAUGAGUUCGGCUCGCACAGGUAUCCCCUGCGCGACGCAGUCGAAUCGUUGCCGGAUAACGUACUAGACGCUAAAUCGAAUUCUAUAUUCCGAGACGACUUUGAGAGUGAGAACCGAAGAUUGCCUUUGAGAGACGCAGUGGAGCAUCGCGAAGCACCUUUUUUCGGUGUUGAUCCGGAUCACGAAUCGAUUUGGAUCGAGCCCGUGGCACCACCGAUCUUGCGAAGGACGCAGCAAAUUCUCGAACCUAAAAUUGUCUGCCGCUUUAACUCUGAAGCCGUUCAUAGAACGGAACCGUUCUCCUUGUACCCGCAAAAUGUGCCAGAUUACAAGUGCACUCAUCUAGUAUACUCCGCAGCUACCAUCGACAGGCAAGAUUCCAUCGUUCCCAACGAUCCAGUAUACGAUCGAAUUAAAGGCGGUUACAAUGCUGCCACAGAGCUUCGCUCGAAAGAUCCAGCACUCCGCGUGCUGAUAUCCAUUCAACCGAAUCCACAUCGCAGCCUAAUUAUCCAAAGAAAUGCCAAUUUAUCGACUAAUUUUCCAUUGCGGGAAUCUAUUCUCAAAUUCCUCGAAGAAUAUCGUUUCGACGGUAUCGAGCUAAAUUGGCCAACCGCCGCCCAAGACUGGUCUCAAUUCAAAAUUCUGCUCAAAUUGAUCGGUGCUCCAUUAGCCAAAAGGGGAUAUACCUUCGCGGUGGCACUGACACCGGAAGAUCCCGUGGAUCUGGAACUUUUACCGAUCGUCGAUUUGAUAAUCCUGAAAAGUUGGCAGGACGUUCAGCCGGCUUGUGCUUCUUGCGGGAGAACGGAUUACCCCGUCCUUCAUCCAGGUCCCUUGAGCUUCAUCGUGCAAAAUACAAGCAAAUGGGUUGAGCAGGUCAACGCCGGGCAACGAUCGAAGUUCGUUCUCGCUAUCCCAAUCUUUGGUCAAGGAUACACUCUCAAAUUUAGUAAUCUCACCGAUGUCGGCGCGCUCGUUUUGAAAUCCAAAGAGGGCGCAUACACUAAAUUGAGAGACGGAAAAAUAGCUUAUUACGAGGUGUGUGAAAAAUUGGAAAGAGGUUUGUGGAUGUCUGGCAGGAACGAGGAAGGACCAUACGUAAAACGAGGAGAUCAAUGGAUUGGUUACGACGAUCCUAUAUCAGUUAAAAUUAAAACGGCGUUUAUUCGAGCAAUGGGACUUGGUGGAAUCUCAUUAUGGUCGCUAGAUCUAGAUGAUUUUCAGGGUAUCUGCGGAAAUGCUUGGCCGAUGCUAAACGCUGCAGUACGAUCUUUAGGAUACGAGGAUACUCCGACAAAGAAGUGUCCGAAGGAUGGUCUUUCUAGGGAUCCGAAAAAUUGUUCCGCAUUUUAUUCUUGUAUCAAAGGAAAACUACAUCAUGGUCAUUGCGGGCACAAUCGAUACUUUGAUCCGAUAGAGAAACGCUGUGUGGCAGCCAUCCUAGGGCGGUCUUCAGAGAUCUGUAAAACCAAUAUUUUUGAUAAAAUCGUCGGUCAGGAUACAUCAUCGACAACACCGCCAAAAAAGGUGUUGCAGCAAGUCGGUCCGCGAAUAGCAUGUUAUAUGACGUCCUGGGCAUUGUAUCGCAAAGGGGAUGGUAAAUUCGUGCCAGAACAUCUGGAUUCGAGUCUCUGUACCGACAUUGUUUACGCAUUUGCUGGAUUGAAUCCUGAGACGCUGUUGAUUCAGCCGUUCGAUCCUUGGGCCGACAUUGAAAAUAAUCUAUAUCAGCGAGUGACCUCGAUCAAAGGAUCAAGAAUAUUACUGGCCUUAGGCGGGUGGACCGACAGUUCUGGUGAUAAAUACUCUCGAUUGAUCAGCAACGGCGUUUCUCGUCGUAAAUUCGUCAUUGCCACGAUAAACUUUCUGAAGAAGCACAAUUUCGACGGUCUGUCGUUCGAGUGGAGCUAUCCCAAGUGCUGGCAGAGCGACUGCAAGAAAGGUCCCGAUUCUGACAAGCCGAAUUUUACUAAAUUGAUGCAAGAGCUCAGAGAGGAGUUUAACAAGCAAGACCCGCCUUUAUUGUUGGCUGCUGCCCUGUCAGGAUACAAAGAGGUCAUUGACAAAGCGUACGAGGUGCGUGAAAUCUCGCAGGUCGUCGACUUUAUGUCAGUCAUGACGUACGAUUACCAUGGAUCGUGGGAAUCCAAGUUGGCACACAUAGCGCCCUUGUUUGGGUCACCAAGCGACAGCAAACCCUAUUACAACGUUAACUUUACCAUGAACUAUCUCGUUGGUCUCGGUGCUGAGAAAUCUAAGCUCCUAGUCGGUAUCCCCCUAUAUGGGCAGUCUUAUCGGCUCUCAACGGCGAGCCAAGCCGAUCUGGGUGAUCCCACGACCGGUCCGGGUAAACCAGGAGAGUUCACCAAGCAACCUGGAAUGUUGGCGUAUUAUGAGAUUUGCGAAAGGAUCAAGCGACACAAUUGGAAAGUAGGAAUUGGACCGAGUGCUCACUUCGAAAAUGAGUGGGUAGGUUACGAAGAUCGGGAGAGUGUUUAUGCUAAGGGCAAAUAUAUCACGGGAAAUGGCUAUGGUGGAGCUACAAUGUGGACCAUUGACUUAGAUGAUUUUCAGAAUCUCUGUUGCUCUGAGUCGUUUCCUUUAUUGAAAACCAUAAAUCGUGCGCUAGGUCGCUCGUUGGCAUCCAUCUCGGAGGAUUGCCAACGUCCACCGCAGCCGGUGACACCGCAAGCACCGACCUUAACUACUCACAGUGACGCCGCGGACGGCAAUCCGCGCCCUACUACGUCAAUGACAGCGUCUAGUACUGAAACUACCACGUGGCCCACGUGGACAGAAAGACCGAGCACCACAACGCAGCAGAUGACUAAGACCACUUGGCCCACAUGGACUUGGACCAGCCAGGAACCCAGUAAAAUUCCGUCGGAGGACGUUACAAAGCCUAGCGAGACUAAAAAACCGAGUACAGCUCCUCUCUCUAGCAGCACCACACCUAUAACAACUGUAUCGUGCGCACCGACUACGCAGUCGUCACUUUCUACAACAAAGAAACCGGUUGCCGGCACGUCGGAAGCGAAUUGUACUAGCGGCGAGUAUUACAGCGAUCCCAUGAACUGUGGUAAUUAUUACAGAUGUGUUCGCGGCGAGUUGAAGCGUGAACAAUGUGCGCCAGGAUUACACUGGGACGCGAAUCGACAACUAUGCGAUUGGCCGUCGGCGGCAAAAUGUCAAGCAGAUACUGAUUCUACCUCGACGACAAGCAGUCCUUUAUGGAGUAGUUCAACCAAGAGGCCAUCCACCAAAGUUACCAGACCAACUUCAACAAUAAGAACGACGACAACGUCAAUAGCAACCACGAAGCCCACCACGUCGAAACCUAUCGUUGUAGAACCGACGCAAAAACCAUGCGAACAUGGACAAUAUUAUCCCUAUCCAAAUUCGUGCACAAGUUUUCUGGUCUGUGUGAACGGCGAUCUUGUUUCGCAGCAGUGCGGUCCAGGUUUAAAUUGGAACACCGACAAGAACAUGUGCGAUUGGGCCUUUAAAAGCCCAUGCGUCAAUAAACCUCAUAAAAAUGCCUUGCUCGUGGAAAAAGACACCACUUGCAUCACCGGCAGCUACAGUAGUGUACCGGGUGACUGUACGAGCUACCAGGCGUGUCUUUGGGGCCGCCAGGAAGUGUUCAACUGCGCGCCAGGUUUGCACUUCAACAGGAAGACUCAUAUCUGUGACUGGCCGUCCCGGGCGGAAUGCACGGACGACGAUGGCGACAAGGAAAUUACCACGCAGUCGGCAACAUCCUCGCGGCCAUCAAUCUCGGAGAAACCAAUCACCCACCCAGAAUUUACUACGGAAAAGGCCCCGACUACGUCGACCACGAGUCAACCUACGUCGACUUUGUCUCCAGCGAUUAUAGACCCCGACAAGGUUUCCCCACUGUCCGGCUACUACAAGGUUGUGUGUUAUUUUACCAAUUGGGCUUGGUAUCGUCGUGGAAUUGGCCGUUAUUUGCCAGAACAUAUCGAUCACACUCUAUGCACGCAUAUCGUGUAUGGUUUCGCGGUGCUGGACUACUCCGAGUUGGUAAUCAAGGCGCACGAUUCUUGGGCGGAUUUUGACAAUCGUUUCUACGAGCGGGUGGUAGCGUAUAAAAAGCGAGGUCUUAAGGUGCUUCUCGCGCUGGGCGGAUGGAACGACUCGGCCGGUGACAAGUACAGCCGAUUGGUGAACAGUCCUUCCGCUAGAAAGAAGUUUAUCAAUCAUGCCCUUCAGUUUAUCAAAAAGUAUGACUUUGACGGAUUAGACAUGGACUGGGAAUAUCCCGUUUGUUGGCAGGUAAAUUGUAACAAGGGACCAGAUUCGGAUAAAGAAAGUUUUGCAGCUCUCUUACGCGAAUUAAGUGCUGAAUUCAAACCGAAAGGAUUACUUCUCUCGGCAGCGGUUUCGCCGAGUAAGAAAGUAAUCGACAAGGGCUACGACGUGCCGUCGUUAGCCAAGUAUCUGGAUUGGAUUGCUGUCAUGGGAUAUGACUACCAUGGGCAAUGGGAUAAACGAACUGGUCACGUUGCGCCCUUAUAUUAUCACCCGGACGACGAGUUUUAUUAUUUCAACGCUAACUAUUCGAUCAACUAUUGGAUCUCAAAGGGCGCGCCACCCAGGAGUAUUGUCAUGGGAAUGCCGUUGUAUGGACAAUCCUUCACGAUCAACGAUCCAAGCUCUGGGACUGAUCUAAAUUCUCCGGCCAGCGCCGGAAACGCCGGAGAGUUCACUCGAGCUGCUGGUUUUCUGGCUUACUAUGAAAUCUGCGAUAGAAUACUCAAUCGCGGUUGGACGGUGGUACAAGAUCCAGAAGGUAGAAUGGGACCGUAUGCCUACAAGGGCAACCAAUGGGUCAGCUUUGACGAUUCAGAGAUGAUCAGACGGAAGGCGCAAUUCGUGCGCGACAUGGAUCUAGGCGGCGGUAUGGUGUGGGCUCUGGAUUUGGACGAUUUCCGUGGACGAUGUGACAACGGACCUCAUCCAUUGAUGCAUACGAUCCAGCGGGUGCUAGCGGAACCACCGAAGGAGCACGAUAAGCCUCUGCAACCGCCAUCGGUGUCGGCACCAUCCCCAUCGAUGACGACGUUGAUCGUUGAACCUACGCAAGCGAUACGACCAACUACUACGGUGGAUCGCGUUACACAGGACAGUUCCAAGAAUGACGAGUUUAAAGUCAUCUGUUAUUUUACUAACUGGGCCUGGUAUCGACAGGAAGGUGGCAGAUUUGUACCGGAGGAUAUAGAUCCCGAACUCUGUACCCACGUGCUUUAUGGAUUCUCCGUACUCGACGGUAGCAGCUUAACGAUGAAGUCUCACGAUCCCUGGGCCGAUAUAGAUAACAAGUUUUACGACAGAGUGGCAGCAUUCAAGGCAAAAGGUUUAAAAGUGCUGAUGGCGUUGGGUGGUUGGAACGAUUCGGCCGGAGACAAAUACAGCAGAUUGGUGAACUCACCGUCGGCUAGGCGACGAUUCAUUACGCAACUUCUUCUCUUCAUCGAAAAAUACGGCUUCGAGGGCCUUGAUCUCGACUGGGAGUACCCGGUAUGCUGGCAAGUGGACUGUAACAAGGGUCCGGAGUCUGACAAGCAAAGUUUCGCUGAACUGAUCAAGGAAUUGAGCGAUGAAUUCAAGCCGCGAGGAUUGCUUCUCUCUGCGGCUGUUUCGCCGAGCAAGAGAGUGAUCGAUGCGGGAUACGAUGUUCCCAUUUUGUCAAAAUAUCUGGAUUGGAUAUCCGUGAUGUUGUACGAUUUCCACGGUCAAUGGGAUAAAAAAACCGGUCACGUAGCACCAUUGUAUAGUCUUCCGAACGACUGGGAACCGACAUUUAAUGCCAACUUCUCGAUCCAUUACUGGAUAGAGAAAGGUGCAAAUCCGAAAAAGUUAAUUAUGGGCGCUCCAUUGUACGGCCAAUCAUUUUCACUUGCUGACAGAAAUGUGCACGGAUUAAACGCGCCAACCUAUGGGGGUGGCGAGGCUGGAGAAGCGACCAGAGCAAGAGGUUUCUUGUCGUACUACGAGAUAUGUGAAAGAACGUUGAAGAAGGGAUGGACAGUUGUUCAAGAUAAAGAGAGAAGAAUUGGCCCCUACGCCUACAAGGGUGAUCAAUGGGUAAGCUUCGACGACGCUCAACAAAUCAAACUGAAAGCAGAAUUAAUCAAGAAACUUGGCCUCGGCGGCGGUAUGAUUUGGGCCUUGGACUUGGACGACUUUAAGAACAGAUGUGGAUGCGAACCCAGUCCGCUAUUAAGAACGAUGAAUCGAGUUUUGAGGAACUAUCCAAAGGGCCCGCUGUGUCCCAUUACGGAAGGUACAGAAGUGGUUGUAAUCGAUGUCGGCCAGAGUAACAUCGAAUCUACAACUGUCACCGAACAUCCUACAUACGAAUCCAUUACAUCACCAAGACCUACAUAUAUUCCAUCAGCAACAAUCCCAACAACGACUGAAUUAGAUCCAAAUAUAGAUGAUACCAUCGAGAUCGAAGCCAGCCCAUUACCUCCAGCGGACUGCGGAGGACAUUUAUUCAUAUCGCACAAAAGCGACUGCACCAAGUAUUAUCUGUGCAACUUUGGUAAGAUCUCGGAACAGUCCUGUCCACCUGGACUUUACUGGAAUGAAGACCGAUGCGACUGGCCAGAGAACACUAAAUGCAAUACUGCUGAGCGUGAAAGCAGCCUAUCGCCGAGAUCGAGACUUGCCAAAAAUGUAAAUGAAAAAAAAAUAGUUUGUUACUACACGAAUUGGGCUUGGAGGCGCGCAGGCUUUGGCAGCUUCACUCCCGAGGACAUCGACGGGACGCUUUGCACGCACCUCGUGUACGCCUUUGCUACGUUGGAAGAGUCGUUUCUUCUAAACAUCGAUGACUCCGACAAUGUCUACAGGAGUUUUCUCAAUAAAACGGCGGAAAUUAAAAGAAGAAACGGCGUUAAGGUGUUGCUCGGUUUAGGCGGAUGGAACGAUUCAGAGGACGACAAGUAUAGCAGAUUGAUAGGCAGUCCGCAGUCGACUAGAAAAAAUUUUGCUAGCUAUGUCGUAAGAAUCAUCGAGCAGUACGGAUUCGAUGGACUUAAUCUUGAUUGGGAGUUUCCGGUAUGCUGGCAGGGCGACUGUAGCCGCGGUCCUAAGGAGGACCGCGAGAACUUUGUCGAAUUUCUCAAAGAUCUUAGCGAAGCGUUUACAUCUAGAGGACUUUUGUUAUCCACCGUGGUCUCAGCGAACAAGAUCGUCAUCGACCGGGGCUACACCCAUAUUCCGCUUUUAACACGGUACGUGAAUUGGAUCGGCGUGAUAGCGUACGACUAUCACACUGGCAUGGGAAGCGAAACCGGCCAUGUCGCGCCGCUUUAUCAUCACCCCGACGAUAUCAGUCCGUUCCUGAAUGCGAACUUUUCUGUGACAUACUGGAUCAACAAGGGCGUGCCGGCCGAAAUGAUCGUCCUGGGCAUACCCACGUACGGAUCAAGUUUUACCUUGUCUGACAAGUCUCUGAACAGACCGGGCUUCCACGUGAAGGCUGAUGGACCUGGAGAACCCGGCAAAUUUACGAAAUCGGCUGGGUUCCUAGCAUAUCACGAGAUAUGUGAUAAAGUGAAGAACGACAGCUGGUCCGUGACGAAAGAUUCGGAGGGCCGCGUGGGACCGUACGCGUCGAAACGUGAUCAAUGGGUCAGCUAUGACGAUGUAUCUAAUGUAGCAAAAAAGGCUGAGUUAAUAAAAAAGCUGAAUCUCGGGGGUGGAAUGAUCUGGUCCUUGGACUUGGACGACUUCAAAGGCCUGUGUGGAUGCGGAAAGUAUCCACUCUUGACAGCUCUGAAUAAUGGACUCGGAAGAGGGAACGGUCACACAACGGACUGCACUUGAGUUGCGAAAUCGCGAUAACGUAAAAGGGCGAUAACGUCUCGAAGGAUUUUUUUAUCGCUCAAGAGUCCAUGAUUUUAUUUGGCAACGUUAUUUUAUUUCUU